GGUCGUUGUGUUGUUGCACCAAGAGCUGCUGUCAUGUGAUAGCUCGUCCGAGGAGCUGCUGUUGACAGUGGCUUCCUGCCUUUGGAUGAAGCUGAAACAAAACCCACGCAGGGAAUAAGUUUUCUGUUUGUUGGAGUGGAUAAAAAAACGACUCGUUUCUGACGGAGAACAGGGGAGCUGGGGUUGUGUAGGUUCGGCCCUCGGACGCUGCCAUGGGUUGCUGUUACAGCAGCGAGAACGAGACCACAGAGCAGGACCCUGAUGAACGCAAGCCGCUGAUCCCCCCAAACCCUGUCAGCAAACCCCCAAAUGGGACCGACUGGAUCACUACCAGCGUCCCCUCGGCGCGGACAGAUGAACAGGCCCUUCUUACAUCCAUCCUCCACAAGACAGCACAGAACAUCAUUGAUGUCUCAGCAGCUGACUCUGUCAUGAUGGAGCAGCAUGAAUACAUGGACAAAGCUCGGCAAUACAGUACAAAGCUGGCUGUGUUGAGCAACAGUCUGCCCCAGAAGAAAGCCCUCGCUCUCCCCUCCCUCACCAGCCAGCCCCACCAAGUGCUUGCGAGUGACCUGGUGCCAUACUCAGACGUUCAGCAGGUGUCCAAGAUAGCAGCUUACGCUUACAGUGCAAUCUCUCAAAUCAAAGUGGAUGCUAAAGAAGAACUGGUGGUCCAGUUUGCCAUUCCUUGAUCUGCGACUCUGGCCUGCAUAUUGUUCCUCCCAUCCCGCUCUCUCUCUGUGUCACUCCUGCAUCCUCACCCUCCAGCCCACCCUCUAUUAAAGCAUCUUGACCCUUGUGCUUCUUAGCUAUGCCUCUAACUGCUACAAAGACAGAGACGAUGUAGGACUGCACCCAAUGGUUGUUCAUUAGUGUAUUUAAAUAUGGGUCAGUGACAAAGUGUCAUCAUGAGCAAUGGAAGAUGGUCUGUUGUAGAUGAGCCACUGGGGUGUGAUCUCAUAUUUACAACAACAAGGCCUUCUCUGUAUGUAUUGCGUGGAUCGGAGGCUUUGUCAGAACCAGCUGUGGAAAAAUCAUCAUUAAUCUUUCUUGGUGAUCUCCCUAACCAACUGUCGUCUCUGUGUCUUUAUUUUGUUAGUUUUCCUAGCCUGUAUUUAGGCAAGCAAGGCUAGCUUUACACCCCAGACUGUUAUCCAGAGGCAUGGAAGAAUGUACAGAAUAUUCACCUGGGACAGAGCUGUAGGCACAAGGCAUUGGCUAUUGCUAUAUACAAUCUCCACUGGAACAAGAGAAACAGUUAAUCUCUGUGGCAUGGAAUAAUGGAAAUUACCACAGUAUCAUUGGUGCAAGUACAGUGGUUGAGAGUUUAACCAUUUACCGGGAUAAAAAAAACUUGCAACAUGGCUUAAAGUUAGCACUUCAUGUCUUUAACUGUUCUUUAACUGUUCUGUCGUCCUGGGAUGUCACUGACCAUUCUCCAGUGUUUCUUCUUGCUCAGCAAGAAAUAUGUAGGAAAAACAACAGAGCCAAAUAAGGGGAGAGUAUGUUUUCUGUUAAGGUUAAGAUGUCAUCCUGAUUUAGUAGGUGGUAAUGCUACAGUUCUGAUGUAUGCUGGCAAGAUCUGGUUAUCAGACAUCCCACAGGAAUCUGGUGUCACCUUACAUCAACAUGAACCAGUAAAUUAACCUGACUUGAGUAAAUUUCAUCGUCAUUUUGCAAAAAUGUUUUAAAAAGAUUGGAUUGGUGAUUUGUUUUCCAGUGUGUAAUCUAUUACUCUAGUUGAGUGACUUCUUCUUGCUGGUGUCUGGUAGUGGCUGAGGAUGCAAACACAACCAGAGUGGAUGCCAGGUGGAUCUGCUAAUGCCACAGAGGGAGCGAGAACAGAUGGAGCUUUCUUGGGGCACAAAUUCUCAAGUUUACAGACAGUAAUUUGUCUUCUGCAGUUUUCUAGCACUAAAUUAAUGAGCUAGAAGACUCCUUAAAUCAAAUCCCAGAACUUCACAUAUUUAAUAGCAGUGGAGACCUACAGAAAUGAAGGGAGCGGGCGUGUGGAGGAUUGCAGGGACAGAUUUCUUGUAUUCAUGCCUUCUUUGUACAGAAUUUUCUGAUCGAAUAUAAAAACAGAUGAUGGAUUGUAUGAAGUUCUUUUUGUUGAGAGUUCAUUGGUCAGGAUUGGCUGAGGUCUUGUGGUGAUAGCAAACGUUUUUAUGAAACACAAGAACACUUUUAAGGCCUGCGUUUGUUAGCUUUUAAACAAAGCUUUUCGCUGCAGAUUGUAAUAUGAUUGAGUUGUUCAUAUUAAUCAGAAACUAACCAUUGUAGCAGUUGUUGGGGUGGGGGGCGUUAACAAUCUAUGUACCACAGCAGAUAAAAUGAUCCGAAACCUUUUUGUGAUUAUUUAUUUGUGUUUUUAAAUGUAUAUUUGCUCUUCAGAGGAGAGCACAUGACUGUAUGCGUGGGCAGGGGCGGAGAGCUGCUCUUGAGUUUCUAAAGGGAUGAUCUGCAAGGCUGUGACUAUUUAAACCACGCAAUUGAUUUGAGCUUUUUGCAAGGGGUUCUUGGCAUUUAUUUUUUUCCUGUUUUGUUUAUUACUCAGAUGUGUAAUACUACCUGAAAUAUGUUUGUAAUAUCUUAGGCUAGUACCAAAAAGUUUCAAGAUUUUGGUUUUUGUUUUGUUUUUUUGGGUUUAAUUAAUUCAUUAAAAACUUUCAACAUAAA